UCAGGCCUUCGGGGCACUUCCUUCCUUCCUCGCCGUCUAUACAAGGAAGCGUUUCAAAAGCCGCGUGCUCGCUACUUAAAGCCCGCGAGGGAGCUGCCUCGCGUCUCGUCUAUACUUUCCUUCUUUCCUUCCUUCCUUCCGUCGCAGAUUACCGCUUCUCGUCGUCUCGCCCACAUCUUUCCCGGCCCUUCCCAUCAAUUCGAGAUUCAUCCUUUUCAAGGAUCUUGAGAGAGAGAUUAGUACCGGAGACCAAUUCUCCGUUGGAAUUCCCGGGCGAGAGAGUCAGAGAGCAUGACCGGAGCGGAGGAGCAGGGGAGGAGGCUGUUCGGGGUGUCGCUGACGGACAGGCCCGUCUGGCAGCAGUUCCUCAUCUGCUCCUCGGGCUUCUUCUUCGGCUACCUCGUCAAUGGCAUCUGCGAGGAAUACGUCUACAACCGGCUCCAGUUCAGCUAUGGGUGGUACUUCACCUUCGUGCAGGGGUUCGUGUACCUGGCCCUGAUACGGCUGCAGGGGUUCACGGUCAAGCAGAUGGUGAACCCGUGGCGCACCUACAUUCGCCUCUCGGCCGUUCUCAUGGGCUCCAAUGGCCUCACAAAGGGCUCCCUCGCCUUCCUCAAUUACCCCGCGCAGAUCAUGUUCAAAUCCACCAAGGUUUUGCCUGUGAUGAUAAUGGGGGCAUUUAUCCCCGGUUUACGACGCAAAUACCCAUUCCAUGAGUAUGUAUCUGCGGUGAUGCUCGUCCUCGGCCUCAUACUCUUCACGCUUGCGGAUGCGCAGACAUCGCCUAAUUUCAGCAUGGUUGGCGUGGCCAUGGUCUCCAGUGCGCUCAUCAUGGACGCCUUCCUCGGCAACCUGCAGGAGGCCAUCUUUAAGAUGAACCCAGACACUACACAGAUGGAGAUGCUCUUCUGCUCAACUGUUGUUGGGUUACCUUUCCUUGCUGUGCCGAUGGUGUUAACAGGGGAGCUAAGGACAGCAUGGAAUUCGUGUUCUCAGCAUCUGUACGUGUACGCCGUGCUAGUGUUCGAGGCGAUGGCGACGUUCGUGGGGCAGGUGUCGGUGCUGUCCCUCAUCGCGCUCUUCGGCGCCGCGACGACGGCCAUGGUGACGACGGCGAGGAAGGCGGUGACGCUGCUCCUGUCGUACCUGAUAUUCACGAAGCCCAUGACGGAGCAGCACGUCACGGGGCUGCUGCUGAUCACCAUGGGGAUCGUGCUAAGGCUCCUGCCGGAGAACAAGGAGAAGAAGGGCCCGGCCGCGCUCCGGCAGGCCAAGAUGGCGGUGGCGUUGCCGCAGCGUGGCGGCGGCGAGGAGGAUCGGCAGCGGCAGCAGUGGCGGGGAGACGAUGAUGUGGUAGAGGAGGAGGGGGAGGAGAAAUCGCCGUUAGUAUGAUGGAUGAACUGAACAGAACUGAUGGAGUAAUAACAAACCAAAGUGCUGUGCUGCAGGAUAGGAUACAAGAAUAGUUACAUACAUUUUCUCUGUCUGUUGAGAUCCUCCCUCUGCUACUAGUACUGUUUCUCAAACUUUGGUUUUAUUUGUUGGUACCAGUACUGUUUUUGUUCCUCUGGCUUUC